AAAUUAUUCACUAUGGUCUACACAAUCAUUGUACACCUUUACGCUAAGGCGGAUGAGGAGAGCAUCUCCAAGCUCAAGGCAAAGCUCGUCGAGGCGAGCGAAGUCUACUCGAAGGAUAAGGAAACCCUUUCCUGGUUUGUGAUGCAAGAUACUGUCGAUCCUCGCAAAUUCUCCAUAGUAGAGCGAUAUGAGGCCGAGAGCUCGCAGCAAUACCACCUGAACAACCCCUACUGGCAAACUUUUGACCCGUACGUUCUUCCGUUGCUCGAUGCGCCAAUGGACCUGCGAAGACUCGAGGAGCUGGAGUAAUGCUACCACCGCAGGUGUGCAUCACUACCCGGAUGCCUUCAAGAAGGACAAAACCGCUGCGAACUUGUACAAGGACAAAAACUGAAGAGCUUGAUAUCAUCAUACUAUGUAAAGAGCAGCGUCUGGUACAAAGAUGGACGAGAUGACCUCCACGACCUCCACGGCCCAACAUGUACUCGAACAUGUUUAGCUAGAAGGGUAGUCAGCUAUUCCCAGGCUCCUCUUCUUCAGUCACAGAUGACAGCAUAAACCUGAACUUUCUCAUUGCCACAAAGUUGACGUGAAGGCCUCUAUGUGAGCUAUGUACCUAAGCUGGAUGUCCACCUCCUCAACG